GAUAUCCUUGUCUUGGUUCUGCUCCAGGCUGCGGGCACUUCUAUCACCUUUUCUCUUUGGCUAGAACGCAAGUUCACGCGUAUCUUCUGGCUAUCAGAAAUCAGCCGCACUCCUUCUUCUCUUCUUCACUUCAUAUUUAUCAUUCUAAUAUCCCAUACUUAUUUAUUUUAUCUCACUUGCAUUGUUCCCAUCUCAUUCCCAAUGCACAUGCCGCUGCAAGCCGGAUAAAUCCUAUGGAUCCAAACGUGCCACCUCUGAGCGCGAGCCUGGCCCAGAUGGGCAGCAUCCAUGAAGAUGAUCCGUUCUUGUGGGACACGGAAACACUCUCCAAGGAGAUUUGUUCCCAAAACACCCCGUGGAUAAAAAACCCAGCUGCGUUGGCUGCAAAGCUGGUUGAUCAAGAUAUUGACGGGCACACGCUGCUUACCUACGAACUUUUGUUUUCUAGAGCUGAGCUGAUGGAAUGCCUCAACAUGACAACGGCCCGAAGCAAAGCAGGCUUAGCAGAGACCAUUCUAAAUUUUCAGGCAAGAAGCAAAAGCUUUCGCUCGUGGAAGAAGAACUUCUCGAAGAAUCAAUCCAUGCUCUUAUCUGAUGAUGAGCAGCAUGAUUUGAAAGCAGAACUCUCGCCUAUACCUCCUCUGAAGCGGCUCUUAGACCCAACGCCAACUCCAAACGCUCAUAGCAUCUCAGCUCAACAUGAGCCACAAGGGAUAGCUGAAGCGCCUUUGGGAAAUGAUCAAAUCACUCAAGUCUUUGAUGACACCUUACUUGAGACUGAUGGAGAUUAUCCAAUGCAAUUGAAUGGCGAUGCAGAUUUUGCCACCAGCGUGGAUUCUGCUAAUGGCAUCCCAUCAAUUAAUCCCCAAGAUUCUCCCGAUACUCCAACAGAUGCUCGGGUCGGCGAAGAAAAAUCUUGCCAGCGAAGAUGCUUGGCGCCGAUGAACUUGAGCGCAAAGCUCCCUUUAGAAUAUUCGCCCCCUUUAGAAUAUUCCUAUCUUGGUAGCAAGGGUCUGUGCCGUCAAACUAUCCUGUCUUCUACUAUUGAUGCUCCAGACCACCCUUGGAUGAACCUUGGCAGAGGUGGAUUUGCGGUUUUGUCUCCAAAUCAUGCAAAGCCUCCUGGGCAGAGGCUUGUUGUCAACCGCAUACUGCAGAAGCGGUUUCUCAAGAACUCCCGGAAAGAAGCUACGUUGAAGCGCGGAUUUAUUCCUCUGCAAUCACCAACCCCUUCUAACAAGAGUGCGUCGGUCAUAGACUUUGAUGACUUGCCUGAUUCGUGGGAUGAAGAGACACAGCGAGAGAUUGAUGAAGAGAAAGCAGAAGCCGCAGCAAGAAAACGUGAACUUGCACGUUAUCUAUCGAGAGAGCGCGCAGCGGCCAUCCUCAAAGAUGAAAUAGCUGCUAUGGAAGCAAAAUGGAGAGAAACGAAGCUGCCCCGACUCCAACACACAGCCUAUAAAGAUUGGAUGGGUGCCAAACGAAAUGGAGGGAUGAAAAGCGCGAUCUUCAGGACUCUGAGACGCGCACAGUUCUACGAUAAGCAGUUUAAAAAUUCAUAUACUGAGAUACUCCAUCUUAACUGGGAAAAAGAGGGUGACCUCCGAUUUCAAGCUGCUAGUUUGGAACAGAGCUUAAGAAACAAACUUUCAGAAACAUAUCACGUCGAGCUUUUUGAGAGGCGCGAUCCCCCACCAAAGCCUUUAGGUGUUUUGAAGCCGAAAUCUUCAGCAAAAAAGGCACCUCUAGAAUAUUCUGAUGAAGAAAUAUUGACCAGUUCAGACGAAGAAGAAUUCGUCAUACUUGACAACAACCCCGAUAUGACGAUGACCGAUGAAGAUUUUUUCAAGAGUGCUCCUGAGUCACCACUACAACGACACGACCGCGAAGCAAGCCACCCUCUGUCUGAGGUUGAUGCCUCAAUGGUUAUUGAUCUCACACAAGUAGAAUCUUUGGUGGAACCCCAAGUCCGCAAAGCGACAAUAGAAUGCAUUGAUUUGACAAUAUCCCCCAUUAAGAAAAAGGUGGAUGAGGCCCCUCCUCUCGUUAAAGAUGAGCCAAUCGAUUUGAUAGGAGAAGUCCCGCCUAUGGAUCAACUGGGAAGCUUGGAGAAGAUUGGCGAGACUCCUGUAAAGCAUUGGACAAAAGCAAAAGAUCGUUGGAGAUUGGUCCUCUGUCUGUUAUGGAAGCUCAUACAAGCUCGCCGUGAGCCGAUUCUCCAGCUCAUGCAAGAAAAUGCAGCGGAAGAUGCCUGGAGGUUGUCGAUAGGCUUCUAUCAGGUAAAUCCCUUUACCAAAGGGUCGGAAAUCGGAGAAGAUCCAGCAAAAACUACGGCGUUUGAUCUCACAAAGCUUUUCUUGAGCUGCUCUCAGUGCCGUCAGUACACAGAUGACCGCGUCGUGGCUUUGAACAAGAAAGACAAGAACCGUCUCAGCCGUGCGAAAGCCUUUUUCCCGGCCUUCCAUGCAUUUAUUAGAGAGUGGGCCCCUAAAUAUCCGCAGAGCAGCCAAAUUUAUAGAACGGACGCUUUUGACGAUGAAAUUGGACCAGAUGAUCUUGAUGAGUAUUCUGCCAAUAUCAUAAAGAGUCCUUCAGAGCCACGCAAACGCGUGGUCAAAGAGAUUGUUCAAGACAAAGAAGGCCUUGAGCUCCGAGAGCAAGGAAAGAAACGCGCUGAGGAGUAUCAGGCCCGCGCAACGAAAAAUUUGAAUCUCGCCACGCUAUCUACUACCAUGACAGAGCGUGAGGCUCGACUGAUAAUCAACGAAAGUAAGCAAGAUGACCAGCCAUUCAUCUAUAUAAGUAGCACCAUCGGCGACCGCAUAAAAGACCACCAGAUCAAAGGAGUCCGGUUUCUAUGGAAUCAGAUUAUUCUUGACUCAGACCUUCAUCAAGGCUGUCUUCUGGCGCAUACCAUGGGUUUAGGAAAGACCAUGCAGGUCAUUACUCUUCUAGUGGCUAUAGCUGAGGCUGCUAAUUCGGAUGAUGAGUCAAUAAAGGCGCAGAUACCCAUAGACUUGAGGAGGUCACAGUCACUCAUUAUAUGCCCCGCUGGAUUGGUUAACAACUGGCUUGAUGAAAUCAAGGCAUGGUCACCUGAAGACUUACUUGGUAAUGUGUUCAUGGUUGAAUCGGCCCAUGCCAAACGAGAACAAAUUUCAACAAUUGAAGACUGGGGACAGUAUGGUGGUGUACUGGUUAUUGGACAUGAGAUGUUCAAAAGAAUGCGGUCUGUAAACGACAACAUCAAAGAGAUAUUGACGAACAAAGCCAACAUGGUCAUUUGCGAUGAGGCCCACAUGAUGAAAAAUCCUGAUAGCCAGCUUCACCAAGUCUUACAAGAUUUCCACACCAAAAGGCGAAUUGCUUUGACCGGCUCGCCGUUAUCUAAUAGCGUCAAUGAAUACUACUCAAUGAUAAACUGGGUGGCACCAGGGUAUCUUGGCCCCAAAAAGGAGUUUACGGAUAUAUACACAGACCCUAUUGAAAAGGGACUACACAGUGAGAGUGAGAGGUCAGAGAAGCGGAAGGCCCUGAAAAUGUUGGAAGUGUUGAAGAUGACUGUUGCACCCAAAGUGCAACGAGCCACUGUCCAGGCUGUCAAGCAUGAGCUACCUCCCAAAUAUGAAUUUGUCAUAUUUGUCAAACCAACUCCUCUUCAAGAAAGGCUCUACGGCAUAUACUUGAAUGAAAUGAUGGCUACUUCAUCAAAGACGACGGUCUUUAAUCUUGUACAGAAGCUGGGGAUUAUCUGCAACCACCCUCGCUGCUUCAAACAGCAGAUGCUGAAUCAAAAGGCAGCAUUAGCGAUAACGACUCCAAAAGCUGCAUCGCAGCCUAUAAGCGGCACAGGAGUUGAGGAAGCAGACGACGAGAGCGAGAGUCCUGAUUGCCCAACAAAAUUUUCCCUGAAUAUGAUCUCGACUGUUCUUAAGGAGACAAACGGGAAAGAUAUUGCCAAUCCUGAACUUUCGCAAAAAGUUGCGCUCCUCCUCGUGGUAUUAGACCAAUCACGCGCUGUGGGAGACAAAGUCAUUGUCUUUAGUGAAUCUAUUCACACAUUAAACUACCUCGAGGAGUUGUUUAAGCAACAGAGGCGAGCAGUACAGCGACUAGACGGUUCCACACCUGUGAGCAAACGGCAAGGUAUGGUCAAGGCUUUCAACGCUGGCAAGGCCGGAGAGUCGGAGGUCUACCUUAUCUCUACAAGAGCUGGCGGAGUGGGCCUCAACAUACAAGGAGCGAACCGAGUCGUCAUCUUCGAUUUCAAAUGGAAUCCAGUCAAUGAGCAACAAGCUGUUGGCCGAUCCUACCGGUUUGGCCAAGAAAAAACGGUCUAUGUGUAUCGGUUUGUCAUUGCAGGCAGCUUUGAAGAGGUGCUACAAAACAGGUCCGUUUUCAAGACGCAGCUCGCAUCGAGUGUUAUAGACAAAAAGAACCCCAUUGCCUGGGGCAAGCGGAAUGGAGAUUUAUUUAAGCCCUUGUGGACAAAGCCAGCCACCGACCUCAGUCCUUUCCUAGGUCGAGACAAAAUACUGGAUAAGCUUAUUGAACAGUCAGGAACCAGCGGAGCUAUUCGGCAAAUUCUCUCAACAGACACGUUUGAAGAGGAAGAUCCUACAAAUGAGCUAACAGCUGAAGAGAAAAGAGAUGCUCAAGAGCUGCACGACAUGGAGCGGCUGAAGCAAGCCGACCCUGAUAAAUAUAGAAAAGUUUGGGAAGAAAAACAAAGAAGAGCACAGAUUCGAGCUAUGGCUGCAGCCGCUCCACAGUCUCUAGGGGCACAAAUGCCAUCCCCGUACUCAUCCCCGUACUCAGUUCAACCGCAAUCUAAUCAGCAAGCGUCUGUUAAUCCGGGAAUUUCCUUCCACCCAGUGCCAAGCGCCAACACGCCGUCACUCUGGCAAGCCCAGUCGGCCCCCAUCGUGCCAACUGCCUCUCGUGCGCACUUUCCAUCGUCAGCUCCUUUACCUAUAACAGGGGCGAACACAUAUAUCCGAAAUCCUGCUGCUUUUACUAACCCUUCCGAAAACACAAACGUUAUAAUGCCCAUCAGAUCUUCAUCUACCCCGGAACAAGGGGCAGAAGCUAGGCCGAGACCGCCAGACCCAAGUUCUGCGUCAAUAUUGGCAUCAACACCUACAAAUCCACACGCCGUAACUACGCCAAGUCAAACGACAUCCUUGUUCAGCCAGCCUCGAACUCAGGCUAAGAUGGAUUUCGAGAAGGUGCUGGCUACAUUGAUAAGCGGCCAGCUGGGUUAUACAGGUAACGGGACAGAGCUAGCAGAAAAAAUCACAGUGGGCGUUGCAGAUGCUCUGAAGGAGCAGGCGAAGGGAUUUGUACCUGACAAUCUUCGCUGGCGCUUGUUACUCAACCUCGUACGAGAGCAUCACCGGCUCGUGCUGGCGAUAAUGUGGGGAAACUGCAGCCCUGAAUACUUGGCAACAGCGCCAGACAAAGAAAUCCACAACAGGAUCUCACUCAUGAACAGCCAGCCGCAGGAUGACUUUGACGCUCAAUUGCGACGCAGUGCUAGUGCUCCUGAUCCAAGCGUAUGUCCAGCCCUCAUUACUCCCAUCUCUCUCCGAUAUCUCCCCGAUACCUUUCCUUUUGGCAAGCACUUCACUCUCGAAAAAAAGCUUAGACUAACUUUUGACAGAACUUGCAUAGUAAUAUUAAUAGGCCCUCGGCGCGAUCAGCCCAAGCUAAUGAAGAUGCCGAAGCCAUGCGGCAAACUGUCCAUAACAGGACGGAACGCAAUUUUCGGCUACCGCCUUGGGCAAAUAAUGCGCUUUCGAAAAGCAACAGCCAGACCCCAUAAAAGAAAAUGGAUAUAAGGCAUUGCGGAUUGCAAAGCAAUUUCUAUUUCGUGUUUGCGGCAUAGUGCGGCGCAGUGCGGCGUUGGGAGCGGCCUUUUUAACGGGAAAAAAAUUGGCCACACUCGUUUUCUGAUUAAUUUUUCUUUUUCUUUUCAGUUUCAUGUCAAUGUAGCAAGAUACCCCCAACUACAAACAUAGGAGGAGAUGUGUGAGUGGCGUUUCGCAGAAAAAAAAAAUCAUUUCAGUGACAAAAAAAAAAGCCUAAGAGACAGUUGAUUUUAACAGAAUCGUUUCGAAAAAUUGAUUUUAAUAGAGUCGUUUCGAAAUAAGCGGCAUGAAUUGAGUUGAAAUCCCGUAGCGUAUACUUUGUAAGGAUUGUACUACUUUGUAGCAGCCAAGGCGCCGAGUGAUUUUUCUAGUGGUCUAGAGCGUCUAGAGCCACCAAAAAUC